AUGAACUCCCGGGCAGACCCUCUCUUGGCCAAUAUCUACGACACGCUUCGGAAAAGGUUCGAUCCUGAAGAUAAGACUCUCUUCCAGAUCCAGGUCCCCACUCUGCUUCUGGACAGAAGCGUCUUCCACUACGAUGGAAGCGAUUCGGACUUCACACAGAUGACCAAGCCAUCCUCCGUAGCUGAAGCCGAAUUCAGUCUCACAGAUGGUAUGCUAGACUUAUCCAACAUUGUUGGCGGUCCGAACGGGAACAAACUCUCAGAGAAAUACGACCAGGUGCUUUCCAACCUCAUCUCGGCCGACGAAGAGGCCAACCCCGACCAAGCCAAUGAAGCAUUGCAGCAGGCCAGAAAGGACUUGAGGUCUUGCGUAAACCGCAACAUGGAUGACACAGAAGACAUUUAUCCUAUUAAUCUUGUUCCUAGCGACUGGGCUAAAAAUCUCUCGGACCCUUCGCAGCAAGAUAAUGCUGGGGGUUUUCAGAGUCAGCUGCAAGACGCCAUCAGCCGACGUAGCUUCCUUCAAGCAAGGAAGGACGAUCUCAUGGCCGCCCUGGGUGGCCUCAAGCCGUUGCAAAAGGCUGCAGAUGAUGCAAGGGCAGCUGUUGACGCCAUAGAAGCGGAAAUGGCCAAACUUUUUACUGAAUCAGCCAUCCAGUGCAUAAAGUUAUACUUUUCUCAAGCUUGCUCAACAGAACAGGACGAUAUUGCAGCUAUAAGAGGACUAAACGACAAGAACAAGAUCGAACUCAGUACAUUGCUCCAGAAGUACCAGGAAGGGCCCCUGAGCGAUGAACAGUGGAGAUUCCUGCUUGAACUGCAAAUGAAACAUGUCCAAAAUUCCAACGACCUUCUCAAGGCCACCGAAGCACUUAACCGGGCUCAGUUGGAGGUCUUACAGGCCACCCCCCGUGAUAAGGGCGUUGAACUUGCUGGCAUUAAUGAUCAGAUUGCGUCGUUUACUGUGGAAAUUGAGAAGUAUCAAAAUAUGCUCCGAGAAACUGGCCGUCAGAACUACGAGGAAACUCUUCAUGCUUUCCAAGGCAAUACUUCAACUCCAGGUUGGGAGACCUUGACCAUUAACAGUCGGACAUCGACGAAGACUCAGUCAAGACUCAGCUGUACUUCGUCUUCGAACCUCUCAUGGGCAACCAAUCUGUUGUCCUUUAGCGAAUCUGGGAUCACUAGCUUUACCACUAACGGCCAGAAAAACACGUUGUCUACUGAAAACACCGAUGUCAAGGUUGUGUUCAACGCAAAGAAAGUUGCUAUCGACAGACCAUGGUUCAAGGCCCAGGUACUCGGCAAAAGCACCGACCCUACAGCAAAUAUCUCAGCAAGUAACGCUGAGGAUGUCCGCAAACUAUUCGCUAGCGGCUCGAUAAUCGAUAUCACUGAGUGUCAGUCACCGGCCUGGACUACUGGCUUCCUUGUUGUCCAGGAUAUGUGCAUUACCCUAACCUCUCAUACGACCUUGCAGGGGAGUGAGGUCCAGGACAUUGACGACUGUCUAUCAUUAGGUGGUAGCUUGCUAGCAUUUCGAGCUUUCAAGAGUGACACGGAUGGGAAUCGGGGAGCUGGGUACGGUAUAAAGAGUGACGACAAGAUUAUACAGAUCCGUAUUUCUGCACCUCAAAUUCUUGGCUGGUUCACGCAGAUAUCUCCAUAG